AUGUCCGAAGUCACCAUCACCCGCGCAGUGCGCAUGCCGGACCUGUUCCGCAUCGAGCGGUUUCUGUCCAAUCCAAAGCUGGGACCGCAGCUUCUGUUUUUCAGCGGGGGGUCGGCGCUCAACGGCGUGGCGCAAGGCUUGAAGCGCUACACGCACAACUCGGUCCACCUGGUUACGCCAUUUGAUUCCGGCGGCAGUUCCCAGGGUCUGCGCCUUGCAUUCGACAUGCCGGCUAUCGGUGAUCUCAGAAGCCGCUUGAUGGCCCUUGCAGACGAAACGGUUCUUGGUCAUCCGGAAGUCUUCCGCCUGUUUACCCACAGGUUCGCAAAGUCCGCCAGACCUGACGACCUGAGAGGUCAACUCGACCGCAUGAUUGCCGGAACGCAUCAGCUUGUCGAAGCAAUCGAGGAGCCGAUGCGCAUGCUGAUCCAGAACCAGCUGGGUGUCUUCCGAACCGCGUGUCCUGCAACAUUCGAUUUGCGCGGAGCCAGCAUUGGCAAUCUCAUCCUGGCAGGUGGUUACCUCGGGCAGAACCAGCAACUCGAGCCGAUCAUAUUCCUGGUUUCCAAACUGGUGGGUGUGCAGGGAACGGUACGCGCGAUAACCGACGACAACCUGCAUCUUGGGGCGGAACUGGCGUCGGGCGAGGUCAUCAUUGGCCAGCAUCUUCUGACCGGCAAGGAGCAUCCGGCGCUGACAUCGCCAAUCAAGGAGUUCUUCCUGAAUAGCGGGCUUAAGAGCAAGGAUCCGGCAACCGCACUCUUUCCUGAUCGCAACCGGUCACUUGUUCAGACGGCGGAUCUGAUCUGUUUUGCACCCGGAAGUUUUUACACAAGCCUUGUCGCCAAUCUCCUGCCGAAGGGUGUCGGCAAGGCAGUUGCCUCACGCACUGUGCCGAAAGUCUAUGUUCCAAGUCUCGGCGAGGACCCGGAAGCAAGGAACCUCAACCUCGCCGACAGGGUGCAUACGCUUUUGACCUAUCUUCGCCUGGACGCGGGUGCCGAUUGUCCCACGCACAGGCUGCUCAAUUUCGUGAUUGUCGAUAGCAGUGUUCCGGACGCUGAAACCGCAGAAAUCAGCGCAUGCGGGAUUACAGUGCUUAAGCUCGAUCUGAUCACAAUAAAGUCCGCGCCGUAUUAUGAUGCGGUUCCUUUAUGUGAGGCGCUGGUGUCGUUGGCGUGA